AUGGCUUUGAAAUGUUUAACCCGAACUCUACGCUCCCUGACUCUCUCCCAGCCUGCUCUGCUCUCCUCACAGACGGCUACUCAACCGAAGCUUGGAGCUCAGGUACCCAGCACCAUCAGCCUGUACAGAGGCUUCCUGACCACAGUCUCUCUAGAGCAGAAUAGGACACUCUGGAAGAAGAUGGACAAGUACACCAUAAAGCCGAUGGGGAUGAAAAAGACCGGAGGCAGAGAUCAUACAGGAAAGAUACGCACACGGGGCAUUGGUGGAGGCCAUAAACAGAAGUACCGGUGGGUAGACUUCCAGCGGUUACGCUACGAACCCAGUAAAGAAGGUCGUCCAUUUGAAGAGAAGGUGGUGGAGGUGCGAUACGACCCAUGCAGGUCGGCUGAUAUUGCUCUGGUGGCAGGAGGCAACCGGAAAAGAUGGAUCAUUGCAACAGAGAACAUGCAGGCUGGAGACAUCAUUAAAACCUCUGCUGUCAUCGGACGCAUGGCAGUAUCAGCAAAUGAGGGGGAUGCCUACCCACUUGGGGCCCUUCCUGUGGGGACAUUAGUGAACAACCUGGAGAUACAGCCGGGAAAAGGAUCGGAGUACAUACGUGCUGCAGGAACAAGUGGCGUUUUGCUGCGUAAAGUAAAUGGGACUGCAAUCGUUCAGCUUCCUUCAAAGCAGCAGGUUCAGGUGUUGGAGACCUGCAUAGUAACGGUCGGUCGCGUGUCAAACAUAGACCAUAACAAACGCAUCAUCGGCAAAGCCGGCCGCAAUCGUUGGCUCGGUAUCCGUCCAUCCAGCGGUUUGUGGAAGAGGAAAGGAGGCUGGGCGGGACGGAAGAUCAAACCGCUGCCUCCGAUGAAGAGCUACAUCAACCUGCCCUCCAUCUCUGCUAACUAACAUUGGCUCCAUUUAUGUUUGGACUGAAGAACAAAUAAAGACAAGCUGCUGUACGGAAGAUUAAAAAUUUUAUUAAACACAA